UAAUAUUGUUGUUUUUACAAUGCCAUACAGAGGAAUGAAAGACACAUUAUAUUUAACCUUGACAUGCCUGAUGAAUACAAGUCUUCUGUUUAUGCAAAGCACUUUUACUCACCAAAAUAUUUAUAAACAAGCUACUGCUUUUGCAUUAUCUGAUCCAAAUUUAUAUAUUCAUCUUCUCCUUCAAGUUUUUGAUCUAAUAAAACAGAAAAAUAAAUGA